CCAAGUUCACGAUCAUAUGACUUUCGAGGGGUCAAAUCUGUACCAGCAAAGACCACAGGGAAGGAGAAACUGAGGUACACAGUUGUGUUGUCAGCUAUGGCUGAUGGCUCAAAGCUUGCUCCAAUGGUAAUUUUCAAGGGCCUGAAGCAUGUUCCCAAGGGGAAGUAUCCAAACAACGUGAUUAUACAAGUCAAUGAAAAGGGAUACAUGACUUCAGAACUUAUGAAUGUCUGGAAACAGAGUGUGUGGAAAAAAGACCAGGAGGAUUUUGGCGCCCACCAUCCCUGAUUGUCAUGGACAGCGCAACGAGUCACCUUAAGAAAACUGUCAUUUCAUCUUUCAAACAACACUACAACACUGAAGUAGCAAUAAUACCAGGAGGAAUGACUCCAGUAUUGCAGCCCGCAGAUGUCCACUGGAACAAGCCAUUUAAGACAACAAUGAGAGAGAAGUGGAUCCAGUGGCUCAGUGAUGGAGAAGUGGAGUACACUCGUUCUGGCAAACGAAAAUCAGCAUCCUACGAAAUGGUGGUGCAUUGGGUGUCUGAAUGCUGGAAAGCCUUGUCUAAUGACUUAAUCCACCAGUCAUUCUUGAGCUGUGGAAUCACUGGAGAAGCAUCUGUUAGAUUUCACCAAAGACUGCAACUGAUAUUGCAAGAUGAGGCAGUUAAUGACAAAGAUGAAGAAGCUAGUGGUCUUACAGACACAGAAGAAAAUGAAGAACGGGAUGAAGAAGCAGAGGAUAUGGAAGAAGUUGAUAACUGAACAUUACUAUUUAGUGUUGUAAGUUGUACCAUUAGAUAAAGAAGCAGAGGACAUGUAGGAAGAACUUGAAGACUGAAAUUUACGUUUUAUUUUGUAGUUUUGUUCUUUAUCUUCUAGUUAGUCUCUUUGUGAAUGACCCAUGCACACCUGGAGAAGCAGUUGUUUGACCUCGCAUUUUGCUGCAUGCCGGUAAACCCCGGAGUAUACCGGCACCCUGGUCAACUUCGGCAUAUACCGGCAUGCAGCAAAAUGCGGGGUAAUAUGGUAUUAGUAAAGAAAUGGGAGGUUCUGCGGUUUACACAGCAAACAGAGUAGGACGACCAUGUUCAAUGCUGCAUUGAAUCUCUAGGCAACCACGUUCACUCGCCAAUGGCAAGGAGGUGACCGGGAAUUUUAAACCCUGGCCCUGGUUGUCUGCCAUUAAAGUCUAUACAGCAUGUCAUAUAGCGCAUCAUGACUUUUAGUCCUUUGUGGAGUUACCAUGGAAUGGGAACGUAUCACUAGCAGUACCAAGUUACACACCCAGGGCAGUUGUAAAUUCUGUGGGGGAUAUGGCUAGGCCUGGGUUAGCAUUGGGUAAUGCCGUAAGCCAUGCCUCUGCAUGAGGUGAAGCAAUAGAAUUGAGUCUUUCCUUGUUGCAUAUGCUGGCCUUGGUGUGUAUCUGUUUCUUCAUCAUAGAAUCCAGAACCUGCCACCAUUGAUGUAACAUUGUUGUGUAGCUGAAUCAAGUCUACUGUCUGUUCCCCAUGAGUGUGAACUUUGAAAAUCAUCAAUAUCUCCGCUGUUUUUUGGACUUGCGUGAUGAUCUCUGUAUCGUUAGAAACCGCUAGGUCUGGCAUUUCUGUUUAUCAAAUUAUCUGAGCCUUUCCUAUAAACAAAACGGAAGGAUAAUACUUUUGCGUAUCAAAGACAAAUGGGUGGAGCAAUGGUUAUUAUCCAAUUAUCUUGUAAGACCAACUGAUCAGCAACUGGAACCAUUUAAAGAGAAUUCACACAAUUUUGUAUGUACGGUUCAGAUGAAAGGUAGUGUGAGCGAUCCAUCUAUCAAUGAUUUACAGCGCUCACCCUUCUCUGAUUGCCAGUAGAAGCCUUUAAAGUAGAGGGCGUAACUGUGUAGUGCGCCGCCAUUU